AUGAAGACCUCCAACAAGAACGCCGAUGCGAACGAGAUUGACGGCGGCGGAACCGCGAGAUGCAAACGUGCAGUCAGCGAGCCUGGCGGUGCAGGCUUGAUGUCGAGCUGCGAUGGGCAAGGAUGUCACGCCCCGUUGCAAGCAGUCACCGCGGCGCGGUCCGAUCUAAGUCGCCGUGCUCACAACGGAGGACCUAAAGUGCCCCCUUCUAGGUGCGGACGGGCGGUGGCUGCUUUGUGGGUUCCUCUUGGAGCUCCUGACAUUGCAACGCCUGGCUGCGACGAAGGCAAUGCGAAAGCAAGGAAUGGUGACUUCAGAAAGGUGCCGGGAAAUGAAGAAUCAUCAGCCGCCGGCGACCACGACGCCGUGCAUCAGCAGACCGAUACCAGCGUGACUGAAGAGCCUGCAGUGACUUGUUCGAAAGGCUUCGGCUCGCUCUCAGACGUGUGCAAGAAGGCCAUCACCUCGUCAAAGCCUAUCUCGACACCAGAUAACAUUGCCAGUCCUCACGAGGAGGUGGUGGACGUCGCCUGUGCCCUGCAAACUGGCUCACGACGACAUCCGGGCUCGCGCGGAUUUCAGUUGAAGUCUAUACCAGCGUCCGCCGCUCGCAUCACGUUGCUGAUUGCAGAGUGCAGACAAGGUUCCGAAGAACCCGCACCAAGACUUGGACGGAAAUCGGCAGAAUACGAUGCCAUCGUCUAUCGUCAGGAUGAAGGGGCUGGAGUAAGCCAUGCUAGUCAAGACGACAAUACUAGCGAUCCGCAGCACACUCCCGGCCGCGAUCCGACACAAACCCAACCGUCACCUCUACCAUCUGCAUCUAACGCGGGUCGCCAUUUCAACGCCCUCCAAUCCCCGGGACCGCUCUCAGCAACGUUGUCGCGUUUACGUGCUAGAAACGGCUGCGGCGACGAAAACAAUUCGAACGGCACAGACUGUACUGCGGAUGUCGCACAUAUGGAUAUUUUCAAGUUGCCGCAUCUUUCAGACGUGCCGUUGCCCUCGCCAGAUUGUUUGUAUAGUCACCAGCGUGUUUCAUAA